CUGCCGCUUUGUAUACGAGCCAAACGCGCGCGCGGUCCGCGAGAGACUAGUUAGGCUCAUUUGAGAACUGCCGCUAACCCCGCGAGCAUUGGCAUUUCGUGCCCGCAGAUAUAGCGACCUUGGUGCUGUUGACGGCACUACACAGCCUCCGUACCUCUUCGUCGCAUCGCUCACUCUUACAGGCGCCAAUCCAUCCCUGCGAAAUUCAUCCAUCGAUCUAUAUAUCGAUUAAUUGAUAAAUUCAUCGGCAAAUUAAUGCUGCGACAGGAUUUUGCGCGUCUGCUGGUGUUCUUGCCGCGUCGUUAAGCCUCACCGCCGCGCGUGCCGAUCGUCUGUCCGUCACAGCAGCAGCAGAGUGGCAGCGCCGAUGCCUGCACGCCAGCCGUCGGCAUGAGGAGCUUCAUCAUAUUAGCGACGAUUGUGCAAUGCAUCAUCGUACUGCCGCUCUUCGUCUCGGCGGAAACGCGAGCCGACGGAGAUGCAAUGAUACGCGGAGAUCCGAUAUUCGGUGACGACGGCGACGACUUCUUACUGACGGCAGGUUUCGCCGCGCCGCCGCAGCACGCCGUAAAGAAGGCGGACAAGCCGAAUCAGUUGCCUGGUGCGCCAUCUGGCGUUAAAGUCGACCCGCAGGGCAGUUGGCUAAACUUUGUGCGUCAUUCGUCGGCCAGCCAAGCUCGAAGAAAGAGGAAACAUAAGAAAAAGAAGGUCCUGAGGGGUGGCCGUGGUCCCACCGGCCCAAGAGGACCGCGCGGACCAGCCGGACCUCCCGGAGCAGAAGUGACGUCAGAUGAACUGAUGGUGGAGUUCAGACAAAUGGUCAAGGAGGCGGCGGAGCGACGAGCGCAGAGAUUAUUGGCAGAAAAAUGUCAAAAUAGUGUUCUGAAUGGUACUAAACUACUCACAAGCAUGAGGAACUGCAACAACAAGGAGCCGGUCGAAACGACUGCAUUCAGACACCGUCUGCAAAACAAUGUCUAUGUGAAAAAACGAUCCACUGUCGAACUCUCAAGCUACCACAUUGCGUUCGGGAGCGGGGAAUUUGAGAGUGGAAUCGGAAUGGACCCGCGAUCCGGUAGGUUCACAGCGCCAUCUACGGGAAUAUACGAAUUUGUGGCCAACAUCGACAUACUGAAUAGAAAGCCGUCGGUGAAGCAGAAGGAGGCGAGAAACAGUGACAACGUACAGCUGAUGAUCUGCAUAGACGCCGUCUGCCGGGGAAACGGCUCCGUCAAACAUAUCACAGGACUGGGAACGAACAGUCGCGUCUUCACGAUUCACGUUACCGGAAUUCUGCGAUUAGAGGCUGGUCAAUUCGUCUCCGUAUUCGUGGAGAACGACUCGAGAUGGACGGUGACUGUGCGCGCCGACUCCCACUUCAGCGGGGUCCUACUCGCCUCGUGAACACGUGACACCCGCCGAGAGACACGUGACAAUAAUGGCGGCGACAAAAGAAGCCACAGACAGAUAAGGCUGAGAGCCGAGCCGUGCACGUGGCGCACACAUCUCUUUCGUCUUCAUAUAUACGUCGUGUCAGUUUGUAAAUGAUAAUAUAUAAAUAUGUAUGUAACGAUAUAUAUAUGAUUAUAUAUAACUACAUAGGUCGUAGAUCUCGCCUUACAGACGCUGGUCUUCCUGGUAUAUAAGCUUGCACGUA